ACGGGUGCCUGUCUGCAGUGUGCAAAGCCCAGGAGGCUUGGGCAAUUGUGGUUUCCUCCCUGCCCUCGGGGACGCCGCCGUGCUAGCCCAGCCCCCCGCGUGUCUCAGGACCUCAUCCGCUCAGGCAUGGAGGAGACAGUUGUGCGACCUUCGGUGUUCACGGUGGACGGACAGACCGACAUCCCAUUCAGGAGGCUGGGGCACAGGCGUCGGAGACGGCCCUGCAGCGCAGCCCAGCUGGGCCUGGGCCUCCUGCUGCUGCUGCUGGCCGCGGGGCUGGCCGUCCAGGGCUGGUUCCUGCUUCAGCUGCACUGGCGCAUGGGGGCGGUGGUCACACCCCUGCUGGACGGAGAUGCGAAAUCCUGGAAGCAGGUGAUACAAGAGCGGAGGUCCUACCAGACCAACCCAGCCGCACACCUUACAGGAGCCAACUCCAGCCUGACGGGCAGCGGGGGCCCGCUGCUCUGGGAGACGAAGCUGGGCUUGGCCUUCUUGAGGGGCCUCGGCUACCGCGAGGGCUCCCUGGUCAUCGCCCGGGCCGGCUACUACUACGUCUACUCCAAGGUGCAGCUGGGAGGCGUGGGCUGCCCGCCGGGGCCGAGCGGCAGCCUGCUCAUCACCCACGGCCUCUACAAGCGCACGCCCCGCUACCCCGAGGAGCUGGAGCUGCUGGUCAGCCGGCGGUCCCCCUGCGCGCGGGGAGCCAGCUCCCGCGUGUGGUGGGACAGCAGCUUCCUGGGGGGCGUGGUGCACCUGGACGCCGGUGAGGAGGUGGUGGUCCGCGUGCCCCAGGAGCGCCUGGUCCGACUCCGCGACGGCACCCGCUCCUACUUCGGGGCUUUCAUGGUGUGAAGGAAGGACUGACCGCAGAUCACGGGGGUCGGACAGGCAGCGGAACCUCAGAGAUGCUCUGGGGAGCCCCAAACUCAGCAAGCAAAGUGCUCGGCGGCCACCUCCAGGGGCCGAGGACCCAGCCACCCCCGAAGGCUGAAGACCCAGCGAGCAACAAAGGAAACCCUGCGGACCCUGCCACAGGCGGUCCUGAAGACAAAGCCCCCGGGGACUCGGGGGUCUGGAGGCCCCCAAUGAGGGGAUAGCUAAUCUGCCUGAUAUUCAGGAAGAAGGGGCGAGGGGUGGGUAUUUAUGUUUUUGAUUCAGAGAAGAGUGGGACUUGGGGGUCCCGGGACUUGGCUGAAGACAGGAAGCCUCACUCUCAUGCGCGUGGGCGGCUGGGGGGGAGAAAGUCAUCAUCAAGACUCCUCCGUGUGGACAGCCCAGCCCAGGCCCACCCGCGGCCACAGUCCCACAUUCAAGUUCCGCCCGCAGCCGCGUGGCCCCCCUUCUCCUGGCCGUGUGAGGUUGUUCUCAGAGACUCUGCACAGCCCGUGUGCCGCGUGCCGGUAAUUGUGUGACAGCCGGCUCUCCCGGGAGGGAAGAGACUUGGUAGUAUCUGCGAUUUCCUUCGUGUUGUUAACUCCCAUGGCGGCUGGUUUUCUGCCACCAAGGCAUCACCUAGGGGCCAGCUCCCAACUCUGUCGCAUUCCGGUC